UAACAUCCCACAUGCCAGGUGGUACGCCCCAAAAGUAAGACAAAUAGGUGCAGAUGAGUGGAUGGACAUAAUCAUUCACUAAAGGAAAUCAAAUGCAUUAGCUUUCUGAAGGGAUUUCCAUCAAUACCCACAGUCCCUCCAAAAUAUUCAGAUAGGGGCCAUACCAUCCUCCCAGCCAAGAUAGAGAAAGAAGAUUGAUCAAGUUAAUGUCUGGUGCAGACAGCAGAGUUGAUGUCAGUUGAUUCCAACAACCUGAGCCGGAGUUCUCCAAUGUCACCCACUCAGAUGUCACACACUCUUGUCCAGGUGUCAUGUCUGUGGCCUCACACUUUCCAGGAUGGGGGUAGGGCAGGACCAUGGGGUUUCCAUCUCAUGGUGUCAUCACCACAUCUGUUCCUUAAUUAUCAGUUGACCUUGGUGUCUGGCUGGCUGCCCGGUGGUAACUGUCCUCUCAUGCCCUUGUAAAGGAAUGUGUACACUCCCCACACUGAUGGGCUACUGAUAAGAUCACAUCCUGGGUGCUGAUAAUCAUCUCUCCAAUAACUGGCUUUUGGGGGCACCUCCCUGAAGUCCCUGAUCACACUGUACCCCACCCCUAGUCCUGCCACGCUAAUGUGCUAACACUCCUGACCAACAGCACGAGGGAGGUGGGCACCGUGGCACAGGUGAACGGGGCUGUAAGCAGUAGGAAGGGGGCUGCUCUGCUCUGAGAGGGUGCUGUGAAAUCACACACACACACACACACACACACACACACACAGAGUCUACCUUGCCCAGCUCUCCUGGAUCUCCAGGUAUCUUUGGGCUGAUCAAUAGAUUGCAGCCUGGCUGGACAGAAUCCCAAGGCAGGAUAAGCCAUGGAGGGUGGAAGGAGUCACACUUGAGCCCCAGGGAUCUUCCCAGCCCUUCCUGGCUCUCUUUGAAGUCAGAAAGAGGCUCAACACUUAGACUGAGUACUUGGUGGCUUCCUCUCCCUCUCCACCCAUCCUCAUCUCUAUGGAUGGCCUGCCCCUUGCCUUUUCUGCAUGCUGAAUACUAUCUUAUCAUUGGAAGAUCCCCUCAAAUGUUCCCUUCUGGACAGAAUUUGUCAUUCAUUCCACUGGAAGCACACUGGUCCUCCCCUCUAUAGGGAUGCUCACCACAUGGUUGAACCCAAAGCCUGUCUGGUUCCUCUGCUGGACUUGAGUUCCUGGGCACUUUGGCUUUCCCAGAGCCUGGCAUGGGUCUGGCAUAGGGCUGAAUAAAUGAAAGAUGCUGGCAUUUAAGAGUGAAGGAAUGAAUAAAUGAAUGGAUGGAUGGAGGGGAGGGCAGAGGAUGGGUGGAUGGGAGAAUGGGUGAACAAAUUUCGGGGUGGGUGCAUGAACAGAUGGAUGUAUUUCUGAUACAGGGGAUGAUGGAGGAGGAGGUCACCUUAUCAAGAAAGUGUGGGCUUCCCCAGGUCUGUCCUCUAGAACAGUUUUCAUUUUAAGAGUCCCACUUCCUUCUGUAAGCUCGGACCCCUACAGGAUAGUUACAGAGAGUUCUUCUGGGUCUCUCUUCUUCCCUUAGCUCUAGGCUUAGCAUUUUUAGGGGGUUUAGAUGAGGCAGAAAUGGCUAAAAUAUACUGAGUUCCCACUAUGGGUCUAACACCAGGCUAGACAUUUUUACAGAUGUGGCCUUGUUUAAUAAAAAUAGCACCCCAGUUCUGUGAAAUUGGUUCUAUUAUAUUAUCCCAUUUUUACAGUGAAGAAAAUGGGCUCAGAGACACUAAGUGAAUUGUCUAAGGUCAUACAGCUAAUGUCUAGCAAAGGAUGGGAUUUGAAUUUAAAACCUACUCAAGGAGCCAGGGCUGGAUGGGCUAGAGAUCAAGUGACACCGAGGAACCAGAGGCCGGGAUGGCGGGCGGCAGGGCUGGCCCUGCUCUGAAGACAGGGGCUCUGAGUUCUAGUCCUGACCUGGCCUCUUUUACUGGCAGACAGUGGGUGAGACUUUGCCCAUCUCCAAGCCUCAGUGUCCACAUGUGAAUCUGCUGCCCCUCGGGAGUCUCUUCCAAGUGAAUGUUGCAGAAAUCGAGGUGGAUGUAAGGAGCUUCCUUGGGAUGUCCCAUCCUUUCUCUGCCAGCUAGUGACCAAAGGGCAGGGCUGCACAUUAGAUAAUGGUUAACUGGACCUGAGGCCCCAUCUAUAAGGCAGACACCGAGCUGGCCAAGAUUCCACAGGAUGCAGUGGGUGAAGGUACUGGGAGGGGUGGUGGGGGCUGCUGCCCUCUUGGGGCUGGGGAUCAUUGUGGGUCACUUUGCCAUCCCCAAGGGGGCUGACUCGCCAGCCCCCAGUGCCUCAGCCUCCCAGGACCUGGACCUGAAGAUCCUCGAGACGGUCAUGGAACAGCUAGAUGCCAACAGGAUCCGGGAGAACCUUAGAGAACUCUCCAAGGAGCCGCAUCUGGCCACCAGCCCCCGGGAUGAGGCGCUGGUGCAGCUGCUGCUGCAGCGCUGGCAAGACCCGGAGUCAGGCCUGGACUCAGCCAGGACCACUGAGUACGAAGUGCUGCUGUCCUUCCCCCGCGAGGAGCAGCCCAACCGUGUGGAUGUGGUGAACUCCACUGGGGCCGUCCUCUUCUCCUGCCGACAGAGUGAGGAGAACGUGACCGGGGAGCAGGGGGGCCCCGAUGUGGUGCCGCCCUAUGCUGCCUAUGCUCCUCCUGGAACCCCACAGGGCCCCCUCGUCUACGCCAACCAGGGCUCGGAAGAAGACUUCAAGAAACUACAGAAAGAGGAAGUCAAACUCCAAGACAGCAUCGUCUUGACCCGCUAUGGGGGUGUAGGGCGUGGGGCUAAGGCUGUGAAUGCUGCCAAAUACGGGGUGGCUGGAGUGCUAGUGUACACGGACCCCAAAGACAUCAACGACGGGAAGAGCUUGCCGAACGAGACCUUCCCACACUCCUGGUGCCUGCCUCCCUCGGGCGUGGAGCGAGGCUCCUACUUCGAGUAUUUUGGGGAUCCCUUGACUCCUUACCUUCCAGCUACGCCUUCCUCCUUCCGCCUAAACUCUGACAAUGCCUCUGGAUUUCCCCCAAUUCCCAUUCAACCCAUUGGCUUCGAGGACGCACAAGUCCUUCUCUGUAACCUCGGAGGAAAGUUAGCACCGGCUGACUGGCAGGGAGGACUGGGCUGUGACUACAAUUUGGGGCCAGGCUUCCGGUCGAAUGGUAUCUUCCCAGAAGACGGCCAGGUGAACGUGAGUGUCCACAACCGCCUGGAGCUGCGGAACUCCUCCAAUGUCCUGGGGAUCAUCCGCGGGGCUGUGGAGCCAGAUCGCUACGUGCUAUAUGGAAACCACCGGGACAGCUGGGUUCACGGGGCCGUAGACCCCAGCACUGGUACUGCAGUCCUUCUGGAGCUCUCCCGAGUCCUGGGGACUCUGCUGAAGAAGGGCACCUGGCGUCCCCGCAGAUCAAUCGUGUUUGCGAGCUGGGGGGCAGAGGAGUUUGGGCUCAUCGGCUCCACAGAAUUCACGGAGGAGUUCUUCAGCAAGCUGCAGGAGCGUGCCGUGGCCUACAUCAACGUGGACAUCUCGGUGUUUGCCAAUGCCACCCUGAGGGUGCAGGGCACGCCCCCGAUCCAAAGCGUCGUCUUCUCCGCUGCCAAACAGAUCUCCGCACCGGGCUCCAGCGGUCUCAGCAUCUAUGAUAAUUGGAUCCGAUAUUACAACCGUAGCAGCUCCGUGUACGGCCUGGUCCCCAGUGUGGGGACUCUGGGCGCUGGCAGCGACUAUGCCCCCUUCAUUCACUUCCUGGGCAUCUCCUCCAUGGACAUCGCCUACACCUAUGACCGGAGCAAGACCUCAGCCCGGAUCUACCCCACCUACCACACAGCCUUUGACACAUUUGAUUACGUGGACAAAUUUUUGGACCCUGGUUUCAGCAGCCAUCAGGCCGUGGCCCGGACCGCGGGAAGCGUGCUUCUCCGGCUCAGUGACAGCCUCUUCCUGCCUCUUAACGUCAGUGACUACAGUGAGACCCUCCGCAGCUUCCUGCAGGCUGCCGAGAACCUCCGGGCCCUAUUGGAGCAGCAUAACAUCAGCUUCGGACCCUUGGUGACCGCAGUGGAGACGUUUGAGGGGGCAGCCACGUCAUUCAACCAACGCAUAGCAACACUGCGGGAGGGCACCCCCGAUCCUCUGCAGGUGCGGAUGAUCAAUGACCAGCUGAUGCUCUUGGAACGGACUUUCCUGAACUCACAAGCCUUCCCAGAAGAACGCUACUACAGCCAUGUGCUCUGGGCACCCCGCACCGGCUCUGUGGCCACAUUCCCCGGCCUGUCCAAUGCCUAUUCCCAGGCCGAGAACACAGGCCAUGAACCUGCAGCCUGGGCUGAGGUGCAGAGACAGCUCAGCAUCGUGGUGGCAGCCCUGGAGGGCGCAGCAGCCACCCUGAGGCCCGUGGCUGACCUCUGACCCCACCCUCAUUCUUCAGCUCCCACCCCCACUCUAUCCUACCCUCUCCCCCUCCAGUUUUGAGUGUGUCCCCAUCUCCCUUCAUGCUAGCAAAGGGCACGACCACAGGACCCUCUCUAACUUCUGAGGGGUCCCACCAGUGUGGACACUUGAAGGGAGUGACAAGCCCCAGAUGAAAAUUUCCCUCUUGCUGCAUCUUGGUUGGCAGAGGGUGAACAGGAGACAGGGAUGAGGGGAAUGGCAAAACCACCAGCUACUCUUGGUAGCAGAUGGGUGAAGAUGGGAUGCAUAAUGCCAACCUUAGAUGUCAACUCAGAGACCACCAGAGCCACCCCCCAGUGAUCAGCAAGGAAACUAAGGCCCAGGGUGGACAGGGAAUGGUCCAGUUUGGGUUUCUCUUCCCCUACGCCCCUAGCACAUCUCAACUCCUCCCUGCCCUCCCCAAAUAAAUCAAGCCAAGCUGUUGUUCCUU